CCACGCCUCCCCACACAGCUCUUCUUCCGCGGCUCCCGGAGGGAAGCUGAGGAGCUGCAGAGCGAGCCCCAGGCUAGUCUCGCCUGAACCCCGACACUACAAGGCUUCAAGACUCUUGUCACCCACUGAUUCUGUGCCCUGGUCGGUCCACCGCCGCGCGCCGCAGGAGUAGCAGCCGGCCCAGCACCGCGCUCCACCGCGUCUGCUGAGCGCGGCACGUGCUGGUGGCAAUCCGCCUCCGGCCCCGGGGCCCUCUGCCCGCCGCCGCGGCCGCCGCCACGAGCGCUCCAGCUGCAGCCGAGGCCGCAACGUGAGCGCAGGAAGCCCGCGAGGAACCGCUGGCUGGAGGCGCCAGGCUCCGGGAGCGCACCUGGUUUUGAAGAUCAUGAUCACAUGGAUGUAUCUAACUAAAUGGUACCUGAGGACAUGGUGGUCCUUUAGAGAGCACAUCUAAGUUGCUGGCUAAUUCCUUUGUUUGCCACUCAACAUUGGACAUUACUUGAUACUAUCUACCAGAACUCUCCUAAAUUUCCCCACCAUGCUAUCUUCAUCAGCUUGAACUCCCUUCCUAAAAUGGUCCUUCUCUUGAUCCUGUCAGUCCUGCUUUUGAGAGAAGAUGUCCGUGGGAGGGCACAGUCCAAUGAGAGGAGGGUGGUGGCUCACAUGCCAGGUGACAUCAUCAUCGGAGCUCUCUUUUCUGUCCACCACCAGCCCACCGUGGACAAGGUGCAUGAGAGGAAGUGUGGGGCAGUCCGUGAACAGUAUGGCAUCCAGAGAGUGGAGGCCAUGCUGCACACCCUGGAGAGGAUCAACUCAGACCCCAUGCUCUUGCCCAACAUCACCCUGGGCUGCGAGAUAAGGGAUUCCUGCUGGCAUUCAGCCGUGGCCCUCGAGCAGAGCAUUGAGUUCAUCAGGGACUCUCUCAUUUCUUCCGAAGAAGAAGAAGGUUUGGUGCGCUGUGUGGAUGGCUCUUCCUCUUCCUUCCGCUCCAAGAAACCCAUCGUAGGGGUCAUUGGGCCUGGCUCCAGUUCUGUGGCCAUUCAGGUCCAGAACUUGCUCCAGCUUUUCAACAUACCUCAGAUCGCUUACUCAGCAACAAGCAUGGACCUGAGCGACAAGACUCUGUUUAAGUACUUCAUGAGGGUCGUGCCCUCAGAUGCCCAGCAGGCCCGGGCCAUGGUGGACAUAGUGAAGAGAUACAACUGGACCUACGUGUCGGCCGUGCACACAGAAGGCAACUAUGGAGAAAGUGGAAUGGAGGCUUUCAAAGAUAUGUCAGCCAAGGAAGGGAUUUGCAUCGCCCACUCCUACAAAAUCUACAGCAACGCAGGGGAGCAGAGCUUCGAUAAACUCCUGAAGAAGCUCAGGAGUCACCUGCCCAAGGCGCGGGUGGUGGCCUGCUUCUGCGAGGGCAUGACGGUGAGAGGUCUGCUGAUGGCCAUGAGGCGCCUGGGUCUCGCAGGAGAAUUCCUGCUUCUCGGCAGUGAUGGCUGGGCCGACAGGUAUGAUGUGACAGAUGGAUAUCAGCGAGAAGCUGUUGGUGGAAUUACAAUCAAGCUCCAAUCUCCUGAUGUCAAGUGGUUUGAUGAUUAUUAUCUGAAGCUCCGGCCAGAAACAAACCUCCGAAACCCUUGGUUUCAAGAAUUUUGGCAGCAUCGUUUUCAGUGCCGGCUGGAAGGGUUUGCACAGGAGAACAGCAAAUACAACAGGACGUGCAACAGUUCUCUGACUCUGAGAACACAUCACGUUCAAGAUUCCAAAAUGGGAUUCGUGAUCAAUGCUAUCUAUUCCAUGGCCUAUGGGCUCCACAACAUGCAGAUGUCCCUCUGCCCAGGCUAUGCGGGCCUCUGUGAUGCCAUGAAGCCAAUCGAUGGACGGAAACUUUUGGACUCCCUGAUGAAAACCAAUUUUACUGGGGUUUCUGGAGAUAUGAUCCUAUUCGAUGAGAAUGGAGACUCUCCAGGAAGGUAUGAAAUAAUGAAUUUUAAGGAAAUGGGAAAAGACUAUUUUGAUUACAUCAAUGUUGGAAGCUGGGACAAUGGAGAACUAAAAAUGGAUGAUGAUGAAGUGUGGUCCAAGAAAAACAUAAUCAUCAGAUCUGUGUGCAGCGAGCCGUGUGAGAAGGGCCAGAUAAAGGUGAUCCGGAAGGGAGAGGUCAGCUGUUGUUGGACCUGCACACCUUGUAAGGAGAAUGAGUAUGUCUUUGAUGAGUACACCUGCAAGGCGUGCCAGCUGGGGUCAUGGCCCACUGAGGAUCUUACAGGUUGUGAUUUGAUCCCAGUGCAGUAUCUUCGCUGGGGGGACCCUGAGCCCAUUGCAGCUGUGGUGUUUGCCUGCCUUGGCCUGCUGGCCACCCUGUUUGUUACUGCAGUCUUCAUCAUUUACCGUGAUACACCGGUAGUCAAGUCCUCCAGCAGAGAACUCUGCUACAUUAUUCUUGCUGGCAUCUGCCUGGGCUACUUAUGUACCUUCUGCCUCAUUGCAAAGCCCAAACAGAUUUAUUGCUACCUUCAGAGAAUUGGCAUUGGUCUCUCACCAGCCAUGAGCUACUCAGCCCUUGUAACCAAGACCAAUCGUAUUGCAAGGAUCCUGGCUGGCAGCAAGAAGAAGAUCUGUACCAAAAAGCCCAGAUUCAUGAGUGCCUGUGCCCAGCUAGUGAUUGCUUUCAUUCUCAUAUGCAUCCAGUUGGGCAUCAUUGUUGCCCUCUUCAUAAUGGAGCCUCCGGAUAUAAUGCACGACUACCCAAGCAUUCGAGAAGUCUACCUGAUUUGCAAUACCACCAAUCUAGGGGUUGUCACUCCUCUUGGAUAUAAUGGACUGCUAAUUUUGAGCUGUACCUUCUAUGCUUUCAAGACCAGAAAUGUUCCAGCUAACUUCAACGAGGCCAAGUAUAUUGCCUUCACGAUGUACACCACCUGCAUUAUAUGGCUGGCCUUUGUGCCAAUCUACUUUGGCAGCAACUACAAAAUCAUCACCAUGUGUUUCUCAGUCAGCCUCAGUGCUACAGUGGCUCUAGGCUGUAUGUUUGUGCCGAAAGUGUACAUCAUCCUGGCCAAACCGGAAAGAAAUGUGCGCAGCGCCUUCACCACAUCUACCGUGGUACGCAUGCACGUGGGGGAUGGCAAGUCAUCCUCAGCAGCCAGCAGAUCCAGCAGCCUCGUCAACCUGUGGAAGAGGAGGGGCUCCUCUGGGGAAACCCUAAGGUACAAAGACAGGAGACUGGCCCAGCACAAGUCGGAAAUAGAGUGUUUCACCCCCAAAGGGAGUAUGGGAAAUGGUGGGAGAGCAACAAUGAGCAGCUCCAACGGAAAAUCGGUUACGUGGGCCCAGAACGAGAAGAGCAGCCGCGGCCAGCACCUUUGGCAGCGGCUGUCGGUGCACAUCAACAGGAAGGAGAACCCCAACCAGACGGCCGUCAUCAAACCCUUCCCCAAGAGCACGGAGAGCCGCGGCCCGGGCGCGGGCGGCGCGGGCGCGGGCGCGGGCUCGGGGGGCAGCGGCGGCGCGGGCGCGGGGCCCGGAGGGCCCGAGCCGCCGGACGCCGGCCCCAAGGCGCUGUACGACGUGGCGGAGGCGGAGGAGCGCUUCCCGGCGCCCGCGCGCCCGCGCUCGCCGUCGCCCAUCCGCACGCUGAGCCGCCGCGCGGGCUCGGCCAGCCGCACGGACGACGACGCGCCGUCGCUGCGCUCGGAGCCCGCGGCGCGCAGCAGCUCGUCGCAGGGCUCGCUCAUGGAGCAGAUCAGCAGCGUGGUGACGCGCUUCACCGCCAACAUCAGCGAGCUCAACUCCAUGAUGCUGUCCACCGCGGGCCCCGGCGCCGGCGGCGGCGCCCCGCUCUGCUCGUCCUACCUGAUCCCCACGGAGAUCCAGCUGCCCACGACGAUGACCACGUUCGCCGAGAUCCAGCCGCUGCCCGCCAUCGAGGUCACGGGCGGCGCGCAGCCCGCGGCGGCCCAGCCGGCUGGGGCCGCGGCCCGGGAGAGCGCGGCCGCCGGGCCCGAGGCUGCGGCCUGCAAGCCCGACCUGGAGGAGCUGGUGGCGCUCACCCCGCCGUCCCCCUUCAGAGACUCGGUGGACUCGGGCAGUACAGCCCCCAACUCGCCGGUGUCCGAGUCGGCCCUGUGUAUCCCGUCGUCUCCCAAGUACGACACGCUGAUCAUAAGAGAUUACUCUCAGAGCUCCUCGUCGUUGUGAAGGUCCUUGGAAACCACGCCGGGACCCGCCCGCGCAGCGCGGGCCUCCCGUUUCGCACGGACACAGUGACGAGCAGAGUCGCCUGGUUAGGACCCGAGGGAGAAGAUGCCCAGGAACA